UCCACCCCAGAGUCCACCGAAAACUCACGAAUUGUACUCCUUGGAGUUGGGACAAUAUGAGCGAAGACGAAAAUUGGGUGAGUCAGAGGAUGAUAUGGAUGAACGCAACCCCCAAAGUAUGGGGUCUCAUGCCACCACGAUAGAGACGCCUGUAGCAAUCCCAGCAAUCCUCCUACUAAGAACGAUUGGGAGCGAUUCCGAGCUAUUUUCACCCAAUUGUACUCGAAGGAGAACAAUGCUUUGAAGGAUGUUUAAGAGAUUAUGGAAGCUAAAUAUUCCUUCCGAGCAACAAAAAGAAUGUUCAAGAAGUGGAUCAAGGACUGGAAUUUAUUCAAGAACUUUAAGGAGUCCGAGAAAGAGGAGAUAAUACGCAGGCUCCAGGAAGACGAAGAUGAGAUCGUUGAUCAUGCCAACAUGCUGAUUGAAGGUCGACCAGUUCAGUUGCACAAGAUUCGGAGGUAUCAAAGGACAAACGCGUCUCAGAUUCGUAAAUACAUAGAAAUCACCCUCUUGGCGCCAACGAGUGUUUCGAUCGGCAGUAACGCAAUCCCCAUCCUGGUAGUCCGGCGCAAAGAAGACUACUUCAAAAGCGAAUAUCUGAGAUAUUGGAACCAAGCCGUUCAAUUUCUACUUCCGGCGAGAGAAGUGAAAGUGAGACGCUCGUUUGGCACAUGCAAAAUUACUUUACUUCUUAUUUUGAAAGGGAACCAUACAGUCCGCGUGCAAGGCGAUUUCAAACCCGGUUCGACUCACCGUCUAACUCCAUUGUACCUCUCUGCCCCACGGAAUGUGUGGGCCCCAAACCCAGCACGGCUACUUGAUUAGUACACGGCAUCGAUAAAGCUCAUGAAAAGAGGACAGGGCCAAGCUGGAUGGAAACUGAUGCACGACCUCCAUGAGUUUGCUAAACAAGUC